AUGGGCCUCCUAAUCCAAGUCUCCAUCUUGCUCACCCUCCCCUUACUCUACUACCUCCUCCCAUACUAUCAAAACCGCGCACUACAUGGCAUACCAGGCCCCAAACUCGCCGCCCUCAGCAACUUCUGGCUCCUCUACCAAUGCCGCCGAGGACGCCGCUACAAAGCCGUCGACGACGCGCAUCAAAAAUACGGUCCACUCGUUCGUCUCCAACCGAAUCACGUCUCAGUAGCAGACCCAGAAGCUAUCCCCGUGAUCUACAGCCAUACCGGCGGCUGGCUCAAGAGUGAAUACUACGACGCCUUCGUCUCCAUCCGCCGCGGCCUCUUCAACACCCGCUCUCGCGCCGAACACACCCGCAAACGAAAAACGAUCUCACACACCUUCUCCGCCAAAUCCAUCGCGCAAUUCGAGCCCUACAUCGUUUCCAACCUGCACCAACUCCGCCAGCAAUGGGACAGCCUAUGCCCACCCCCUCAAUCCAACACCUUAGAGAAUGGCAACAGCGACAACGGCAGUAACGACGCUUUCACAACAAUCGACGCCCUCCCCUGGCUCAACUACCUCGCCUUCGACAUCAUCGGCGACCUCGCCUUCGGCGCGCCCUUCGGCAUGCUCGCCGCCGGCGCGGACGUGGCGACUGUGCAGCUCUCGCCCAACGAGCCCGCGCGUACCGCUCCUGCUGUGCAGGUGUUGAAUCGGAGGGGCGAGGUUAGUGCCACGCUGGGGUGUUUGCCGGCGCUUAAGCCGUGGGCGGGGUGGUUGCCUGAUCGAUUCUUUCGAGAUGGGAUUAAUGCUGUGAAGGAUUUGGCGGGGAUUGCUGUUGCGAGGGUGGGUGCAAGAUUGGCGGAGGAGGAGGAAGAAGGAGAAGGGGAGAGAAAGGGGAGGGGGAAGGGGGAGGGGAGGAAGGAUUUGCUAGCUAGAUUGAUGGAUGGGAGGGAUGAGAACGGCGAGAAGCUAGGCCGGGAGGAACUGACUGCCGAGGCGCUGACGCAGUUGAUUGCUGGGAGCGAUACUACUAGCAACACGAGUUGCGCGGGUCUGUAUUGGAUUUUGAAGACGGAGGGGGUGCAGGAACGGUUGCAGGCGGAGUUGGAUGCCGCCGUCCCAGCGGACGUGGGAAUACCGAGUUUUGAGAUGGUGAAGGAUCUGAGCUAG